AUGUCGGAUGCACAGGAAAAGUUUCCGCCAAUCCCUCCCAAUCCUUCUGUGGAGACUGCCGAGACGGACCGAGCUGAAGAUAACCAAAAUGUCGAUACCAACACAGAACCCCCUCACUCAGACGAGGCUAGUCUCAAGCCUAGUGUCUCAAAUGCCCAAAGAUGGCGAACAGCAAGCCGGCGGGUUCGGAAUCGCGCUGGCACAAUAGCGGAGAAGCUUGGACGGCCCCACGAAAGAGAGGCUGAUGGCUUGGAUUCGCCAAUGUUACCAGAGUACUAUGGUGCAACAGAUGAUAUCCGAGGAUUCGAGGCUCGUCAGGCGAAUGAUGAAGAAGCUCGGCUCCCAGGAACAGAUUAUCAUUCACAAGCUCGACAGUUGGUGGAACGGAUGGGCUUAGAGUCCGACCUACGUCCUCCACGUAUUGAAGAACCGCGCUCCGGUUCGACAACUCCAGGAACUCCAGAUGGGACGGCAACACCAGGUGGUCCACCCGGAGGAGUCCUGUCACAAUUGCUCCGUGUAUACGCCAACAAUCUCCACACUGCAAGCCGGAUGAGUGUUGUCUCGACAGAAACAGACUUGGACACAGAAAGCUUCCCACCAUCCGGCACAGUGACACCGAGUGGAAAGAAAGACAAGUUGAAAUGGUACAACAACAGUCACCCCAACAAACCAACUCACAGCUAUACUUCCUCCCUCGUGCAUGCAUCCAUGGAUUUGGGUCGGGUCGGGGUGCCUGGAGCCACGGGUCCUCCACCCGUGAACCCUAAAGAGCGAAAGAAGCAAAAGCGCAAGCACAAGAAAAAUAUCAAGCUCACCGUGCACAUUGCCAAUAUUCUCGCUCGCCAACAGUACCUCAUGCAGAUGUGUCGCGCUCUAAUGAAAUACGGCGCCCCAACCCAUCGCCUUGAAGAGUACAUGAUGAUGACCUCCAACGUACUGGACCUAAAAGCCCAGUUCAUGUAUAUCCCAGGGUGCAUGUUGAUGUCCUUCGACGACCCGCUAACCCGCACCGCCGAGGUCAAAAUCAUCCGCGUAAUCCAGGGUCUGGACCUCUCCCGUCUCGCAGAGACACACAACAUAUACAAAAACGUCGUGCACGAUCUCAUCAGCGUCGAACAAGCAACUCUCGACCUAGACGAGAUCAUGCAGCGCAAACCACGCUACAACCGCUGGAUGCUCAUCUUCCUGACUGGCUGCGCCAGCGUCGCGGUCGGCCCAUACGCCUUCAGCGCCCGCCCCGUCGACCUCCCUAUAAUCUUUAUUCUCGGCUGUCUAGUCGGCUUCAUGCAGCACGUCAUCGCACCAAACUCAGCCACCUACUCAAAUGUGCUAGAAGUCACCGCUGCGGUCAUGACCUCCUUCCUCGCGCGUGCGUUCGGCAGCAUCCAGCACAACGGCGAGCGCGUCUUCUGCUUCUCAGCCAUGGCGCAGUCCUCCAUCGCAAUGAUCCUACCGGGUUUCGCCGUGUUAAGCAGUAGUCUCGAGCUGCAAUCACACCAGAUGAACGCGGGCUCAAUCCGGCUUGUCUUCACGAUUAUCUACUCGCUUUUCCUCGGGUACGGCGUUACAGUCGGCACGACAGUCUACGGGCUGAUGGACCACAAUGCCACGAAGGAAUCGACGUGUUCGAAUCUACCGGAUGUCUGGGGGAACGAAUAUAUCCAGCACUUUCCGUUUGUUGCGCUGUUUUGUCUCUUCGCUGCGUUGAUUAAUCAGUCGAAGCCGAAACAGUUGCCGGUUACUAUCAUCAUGGGUGUUUGUGGCUAUGUCACGAAUUACUUUAGCACGAAGAAACUCGGCUCGAACCAGGUUGCUAAUACUGUUGGCGCGUUCACGAUUGGCCUUCUGGCUAAUUUGUAUAGUCGGUUAUGGCAUGGCCAUGCGGCUGCUGCUAUUAUUCCCGGUAUCUUUACCCUCGUCCCGUCGGGUCUUGCGAGUAGCGGAUCGAUUAUUUCGGGCUUGGAGUAUGCUGAGGCUGUUGCGUCUGGUAACGUUACCAAUGCUAGUGCAACGUCUAAUAGCUCGCUUACCUCGCUGGGAUAUGGUAUGAUCCAGACUGCCAUUGGUAUCUCAGUUGGGCUGUUUAUCUCCGCUUUGAUUGUUUACCCGCAUGGGAAGAAAAGGAGUGGGAUUUUCAGUUUGUAG